ACUCUUUCUUUCUUGUUUCAAUUGCUAUAAGAUGGCUACAGACAUUAGUGAUUUCGUUCUUCGACCUAAUGUAGGGAGUUCAGGAAGAGCCACACGGGUUCGCUCAAAUUUCUUUCAAGUUCAAACACUUCCAACUUGCGAUAUCUACCACUAUGAUGUGGCUAUUGAUCCUCCUCAGCUACCAAUUGGUAAGCAAAGAGAAGUCUGGAAGACGUUGGAAGUAACUACUGGCGAGGAGUUUUUUAAUGGUGCGAAAGCUGUCUUUGAUGGCCGUAGAAAUAUCUUUUCUUCUUCUAAACUUCGUUUGGGUGAAGAACAAGCCAAGAAAUUUGAUGUCAACAUUCAAGAAGGACGUCGUGUAAGUCAAUACUCUGUUCGUAUCAAAAAAGUGGGAGUGAUAGACAUGAAAGAACUGCCUUUGUUUUUGAAUGGGAAAUCAAGUGCCACUUCAAAUUGUUUAUCUGCUAUUAUGGUAUUGGAUAUUCUCAUUCGAAAUGUUCCUACUUUAAACAGUGUCACUAUUGGUCGUUCCUUCUAUAGUCCUAAAGGCAAAAAGCCUUUAUCUAACGCUACUGAAGUCUGGCAAGGUUAUUAUCAGUCUGCUCGUCCCACUGUUGGUGAAAUGAUGAUAAACAUUGAUGUUAGUGCUACCGCCUUCUGGGAGCCUGGCCCCUUGCCUGAACAAGUUGUCAAAAUAUUGAACCGUCGUUCUGUUGAUGAGCUCCGUAAUGGCAUACCUGAAAGAGAACGCUUAAGACUCACAAAAAUCAUCAAGGCUAUUCGUAUCGAAGUGACGCACCGUGGUGGAAUAAAUCGCAAAUACAAGAUCCGUAACUUGACUGAUACUUCUGCUGAUGAUACUUUUUUUGAAGACCCUUCUGGAAAGCAGAUGUCUGUGACUCAGUAUUUCUUCGAUACUUACAAAAAGCGUUUGACAUAUCCCUUCUUGCCUUGUGUCGUUGUUGGACAAACAAGCUUUCUUCCCAUGGAAGUCUGUAAUAUUUUUGAAGGCCAAAGACUUGCCAGAAAGUUAAAUCAAAUACAAACUGCUGAAAUGAUCAAGUUCACGUGUCAAAAUCCAGCUGUUCGUGCCAAUAAAAUUAACCAAGGUUUUGCAGAGAUAAACUACCGUAGAAAUGAAUAUAUGCAAAACUUUGGCAUGACGGUUGAUAAUCAGAUGGCUCUUGUUGAUGCUCGUGUACUUCCUGCUCCCAGAAUCAAUUAUAGUACUACUACUCCUGAAGGCUCUUUUGUUCCCUCAAAUGGUGUUUGGAGUUUGAGGGGUAAAAGACUUGCUCGAGGUGUUACUCUUGGCUCUUGGUCUAUUGUCAAUUUUGCUGGUAACAUCCCUCAACCUGCCAUUCAAAGAUUUGUUCGUGAGUUGUGUCAAACUUUUGUUGACAUUGGUUUAAAUGUCAUUAAACGUGAGCCUCCUGUCCUCGCUGCUGAUCCUCAAGGCAAUAUUGAUCGUUCCUUGAAGGAAGCAUGGUUAAGAGCUGGUCAUGCUGCCAAUGCUGAACCUCAACUCAUUGUCUGUGUUCUGCCCAAUACGGGUACUUCUCUCUAUGCCGAAAUCAAAAGAAUUACUGAUACUGUCAUUGGUGUUUCUUCUCAAUGUCUUCAAUCUAAACAUAUAAGAGAUGCUAAAAAACAAUAUUGCGCUAAUGUGGCUCUCAAAGUAAACAUCAAGUUGGGUGGUAUAAACUCGUAUAUGGAACCUUCCGAAAUACCAUUUAUUUCUGAGCGUCCUACCAUUGUAUUUGGUGCAGAUGUUGUUCAUCCUCCUGCUGGAGACACAAACAAACCCUCUAUCGCUGCACUUAUUGCCUACAUGGAUUCUCGUGCUUCUAGAUGCUCCUCCACAGUCCGAGUGCAGACGCAUCGCACAGAAAAUAUCGUCGAUCUCGGCAAUAUGGUAAAAGAAUUACUCAAAUCUUUUUAUCAAAGUUGUGGCCAAAAGCCUGAACGAAUCCUCUUUUAUCGUGAUGGCGUAUCUGAAGGUCAAUUCAAGAAUAUUCUUGAAAACGAAGUUUCUGCUAUUCGUGCUGCCUGUGCCUCUCUAAAUGGGAGCUAUAAGCCAAGUAUCACUUUCGUCGUUGCCCAAAAACGCCACCAUGCUCGUUUCUUCCCCCUGCAAAGAAACGAUGCUGAUCGUAGUGGUAACUGUCAACCUGGUACUGUGAUUGAUACCAAUAUUGUCCAUCCUUUUGAGUUUGACUUCUACCUUCAAUCUCAUGCUGGUCUUCAAGGCACUUCUCGUUCUACUCACUAUCAUGUUCUUUAUGACGAUAACCACUUCACUGCCGAUUCUCUUCAGGAAUUGACUUACCGUCUCUGUUAUACCUAUGGUCGUGCUACUCGAUCUGUCUCACUUGUUCCAGCAGCUUAUUAUGCAGAUUUGGUGGCCGCUCGAGCUCGCUUCCAUUUUCGUGGCUAUCAAAGCUUUUCGGAAUCCACUGAUAUUUCCGAAGCCAUGGACAUUAGCAACUUUGCCGAGGUUAAGCCAGCGCUUCAAAGAGUCAUGUACUUUAUGUAAUUUUCUCUUAUUCAAGUACAUACAUCAUGUUUUAAUCCUCCUCAUACAUUUUUCAGUGAAUAAUAUUCUUAUUUGAACAAUACUAGGUCCUAUAUAUUCUAUUGAAUAAAAGAAAGCUAUCAAUUUUAGGAAACAGGAUGAUUUUUUAAACGAG